GAAACCAGACCCCGCCCAUCACGUGACCGAGCAGCCUUUUCCACCUUGCGGCUCUCUCCUGGCGCCUGCGCCAUAAUCUCCGCGCCCUUCACCUACGCGGCUCCCCGGAACUCCGCCCCUUUCCCCCUCUCCUUCCCCUUCCCCCUUUCCCCCCUCUCUCCCUGUUCCCCGCCCGGGGUCCGCCCACUCUGGAAGAGCAAAGAUGGCGGCGAACCAGCAUCACACCGAGGACCGUCAUGUCAUCAUCCCGCCAGGCGAGAGCAUCCUGAUGCACUAUGAAGACGUCGAGCUCUCCUUCUCCAACAUGUCUGAGACGCCCAGCCUCCUGAAGGGCUCCCGGAAGGGAUCGCUCUACCUCACUCAGUACCGGGUGAUCUUUGUGGCAGCACGUAAUGUCAAGGAUGCCCUGGUCUCUUUCAUGAUGCCGUUCAACCUCAUGAGGGAUUACUCUGUGGAGCAGCCCACCUUCGGGGCCAACUACCUGAAGGGGACCAUCUCUGCUGCCUCGGAUGGGGGCUGGGGAGGGCAAGCCACCUUCAAACUGAUCUUCCGGAGCGGAGGGGCCAUUGAGUUUGGCCGGCUGAUGAUGGACUGCGCCUCCAAUGCCGCCAAAGGCCUCCCACCUCCGGUGACGGUCUUUGGCUUCGGCCCUCAGUCCAGCCUCCUUGUCGCUUUGGACAACCGCAGCAUGCCAUCCGGCCACACACAGUUCAUCUAUGUGCUGCCCAACAACACCUCCUACAUGCCGCCUCCUUCAGGGUACCAGGUGUCUCCUGCCUCAGCUUCUGGAUACGGACCUCCUCCCCCUGGAUACGGACCUCCUCCCCCUGGAUACGGACCUCCUCCCCCUGGAUACGGACCCUUUCCCCCUGGAUACGGACCCCCUCCCCCUGCAUACGGACCCCCUCCCCCUGGAUACGGGCCCCCUCCUGCUGGAUACGGAGCCCCAGCAUUUCCCAAUGCAGGGCCCUCUAGCCCUCCUGGCCAGGCCGUAAAUAUUGACCCUUCCAGCUCCCUGGCCCCUAAAAGCAAACCAGAAUCCAAAAGCUCAGGUAAGAGAAAGAUGCUUUAAAAAUGUGACCCAGGCCUGGAGGCCAGAGGUCCCAGGCUCAACUCUGGCCUCAGAUACUUCCUGUCUGGGUGACCCUGGGCAAGUCCCUUAACCCCCAUUGCUGGCCCUUAUCAUUCCUCUGCCUUGGAACCAGUACACAGUGUUGAUUCUAAGACAGAAGGUUGGAGUUAAAAAAAAAGGGGUGGCCAAAGGCUUGUCUAGUGGUCUGUGGGGAGGGAGACACAGCCUGACUGUGGGGAGGGGGACCCCAUAACCUUUGGAGUGUCAUGAGCACAAUCAGAAUCUUUCUGAGCCUGUGUUUACUUCUCUGUAAAAUGGGGCCAGGCCAGGAAGGUGUGGGCCAGCCGCCUCAGUCUUGUAAGGCUGCAGAGGUGGGAGCCAGCAUCCCCAUGGCCAGAGGGCACGGUCCCUGGGAUGCUGGGCCUCAGUGUCCUCCUUUGUAUGAGUGCCCACCUCCCGGGCCUGAUCAUCAGGCUGCCUGCGAUGGAAAAGAGCUCCCCCUGAUUUGAUUAAUGUGUCACAUUCAUUUCUGAAUACAUCCUCCCUCAGCUUCUCCCUAGAAAAUCAAUGCUCGGUUUAGAAAGAAAGAAAAAAAGAUUUAAAAAGGAAAAACAACUCGGCAAAACCAGCGUGUUGCCUGCCUGGCAGCGGAUGCAACAUUCUACAGCCAUGGCGCCCGGCCCCCCACUCCCGGAAGAGGAGGGAGGCGCCUUUGGUCCUCUUUGGGGCUCCUUGGAUUUGGGCCACAGGCAGCAUGGCCGUCCUGCCCCUCUUCCUUCCCUGUCUGCUUCCCCCUUGUUCCUUGCUGCUGCUUGGUCUUCCCACCAGCACCAGUCUUUUCUUCCAGAGCAGUAGUGCGCCACUCCCUUCCCUUGGCCCCCGCCAACGAGCCACAGAAAGCACCGACUGCUCAGUACUUCCUGGUCGGACAGACGCACGCACGAACUUGGGGGCUUCCUAUUUGUCCUUCCCCCCUUGGGGUGUGGGCCUGCCGCAGGAUCUGGGGCCGAAGGGCCUUUCCCAUGUGCCGUGCUGGCUCUAGCAGCCGCGCCAGCACCAACACUAGCGUGGAAGUUCCACCUUUUCUAGGUGGGAGGUGGAAGCUGCGGAGUCGUUUGAUCUGGCCCUUCUUUUAGAAUUAGUGGAGACAAAUGAGGUGCUAGUUGUAAAUCCUUUCUGCUGGCCACGCAGUUUGCCUAGCUCCUCGUCGCCUUAUUUGGGGUUUUCUUGGCAAAGAUACUAGAGGGGUUUGCCAUUUCCUUCUCCAGCUCACUUGACAGAUGAGGAAACUCGGGCACAGUCCAGUGACUGAGCCAGGGUCAUACAACUGGCCUUCCUGCUUCCAGGCCCAGUCUCUGCAUGCGGUACUCCCACUAGACAGCUCUCUCAUGGCUCUUACCGGUUGGCAGUUUUUCUUUUCAGAGAACUGUUUGCUCCCGUCUUUUGACCUUUAUCUGCUGGGCAUGGCUCUUGGUUUUGUAUGUCUGAUGGGACCGUAUUGAGACACAGAUUCCCCUGCCUUCCCCCCAGGAGAAGCCCCACAGGCCUUCCUGUCAGCCAUCCAGUCAGAGUCUGGGAGGUGAGGGGGAGGCACGUCUCUUCUCCAGUGGCUUGUUUUCCAAAUGGCCGAGAGCCUUGGCAGGAGGCGGUAGCGGGCGGGCCGGGGAGCACGGGCACCCCACUCUGCUGGAGCUGUGAAGGGAUCCAGCCAUCCCUCGCCCUGCCCCUUGGCCCGGAGAUGCCAUUGCCAGGUAGAUGCCCAGAGGACAUCAAAGGGAAUAGGAAUGGGUCCACCCAGCCACCAAGAGAUGCCCAUCGUGCCAGGCUCAUGAAGAUGGCGGCUGUUGGCAUGGAGAGGAAACGCCGCCGAGGUGGAUGCAGAGAAGCCCUGAAAGACUUCUGGGAGCUGAUGCAGAGGGGAGGAAGCAGAUGCAGGGAAAUGGGCACCAUGAUCACAGAGCAGCAACGGAGAGGCCCCCCAACCCCAUGAGGCUGAAUGUCGGGGUGCUGCUGACCCAGAGAGGAGAUCAGGUCAUGCACCUCCCUCCCUCUUGUGCAGAGGCGGUGGACUCUGGGUGCAAACCCCGGCAUGCGCCGUCUGUUCAACUGACGCCAGCAUUCAGGAUGGCCAGAAGACGUCGGACGCCCGGCCGGCGCGGGGGCCUUCGUCUCGGAGCAGCCUCCCUUUGGGGCCAUGGCCCAGCGCUCUCUGCUGCGCCGCCGGAAACGGGUCCUCUUCCCAAGGCUUUCCCAGGAGCCGAGCCUGGAGGCAGUCCAAGAGCUGGAAGCAGAGCAGGGCGCUGGCCAGCGAAGAGCCCAGGGCUUGGCUUCCUCCUGACCGCGGUCAUCUCGUCCGUCAGCAGGAGAUGCCCGGUUUGGGCGUGUGCGAAGAGAAGCCCCCCGAGGAUGCAGGGAGAUGCUCCGGAUUCGAGGGGCCUCCAGCAGCGGAGAAGAGAGCCGGCUCCGGCGUCAGGAGGGAGCCUUCUCUGGCCUCCACUAGGGAAGGAGGGAUGAGCCGGGGCUGCCGGGCAUGGCAGCCCGCCUUCCUCGUCCCUUGCUGAGGAGAUGACCGCUGGGGCCUCGGCCAGCCUCCCCGCUUCCUCUCUGGGACAGCCGCUGCCCCCCCCCCGGAGCGCCCUGGUAACCGAGGGGCUGCCAUGCUGGUGGAGAGCGGGCUCUCGUGCCUCAGUGGGAAUAAAGCCGCGUGAGGGGCA